AUGUCGAAGAGCGGACAGCGCCUUCAGGAUGAGGGCUCCCGACUUCAAGUCGUCACAGCGGGCGCCAUUUCAGGUCUCGUCUCGCGCUUCGUGAUCGCUCCCCUGGACGUGGUCAAGAUUCGUCUGCAACUCCAAGCCCAUUCCCUGUCGGACCCUUUAUCACAAGCCGAGCUCACGAAAGGCGCGCCGAUAUAUAAAGGCACUAUUGCCACCGCUCGACACAUACUACGACAUGAGGGCAUCACCGGUCUGUGGAAGGGCAAUGUCCCCGCCGAACUCUUGUACGUGAGCUACGCCGCCGUACAAUUCACAACCUAUCGGACCAUUAGCAUGGCGCUGAACGAGCUGGCUGGAGAGAAGGGAAUGAACAAGAGUGCAGAGAGCUUCGUUGCUGGAGCCGGAGCCGGAGCUGCUGCCACUGCGGUUACGUACCCGCUGGAUCUGCUUCGGACGAGGUUUGCCGCUCAAGGGACCGAAAAGGUGUAUUCUUCUCUGUUCAAGGCUAUACGGGAUAUCAGACGUGACGAGGGAACCAAAGGCUUUUUCCGCGGAAUCGGUCCCGGCCUUGCACAGAUUAUUCCAUACAUGGGAAUGUUUUUCGCCAUUUAUGAAUCACUUCGGAUCCCCCUUUCGCAAUUCAAUUUACCGUUUGCUGGCGGAGAUGCCUCUGCAGGCGUGAUUGCUAGUGUUAUUGCAAAGACGGGCAUCUUUCCGCUAGAUCUGGUCAGGAAGAGGAUACAAGUACAGGGCCCAACGAGGGCAAAGUAUGUUCACAAGAACAUACCAGUCUACGACAUGGGCGCGAUCAAGGCCAUCAGAAUGAUCUUGGCCCACGAAGGCGUUCGAGGGUUAUACAAAGGAUUAACCGUCAGUCUAUUCAAGGCGGCACCCCUUAGUGCGGUAACUGUUUGGACAUAUGAACGGGUGUUGAACCUGCUGACGGGAAAGUCCCUCGAUGGAGCCGAAAAAAGAGCUGUUUCAUGA